CCCCUGCGGUCCCGCCCCCUUCCUACCUCCUAGUAGCCGGCGGCGGUGUCUCAGGCGGCAAUGGAAGGAUCCGAGCCUAUUGCCACCCAUCAGGGGGAAGAGGCGUCUUGUUCUUCCUGGGGGACUGGCAGCACAAAUAAAAAUUUGCCCAUUAUGUCAACAGCAUCUGUGGAGAUCGAUGAUGCAUUAUACAGUCGACAGAGGUACGUUCUUGGAGACACAGCAAUGCAGAAGAUGGCCAAGUCCCAUGUUUUCUUAAGUGGGAUGGGUGGUCUUGGUUUGGAAAUUGCAAAGAAUCUUGUUCUUGCAGGGAUUAAGGCAGUUACAAUUCAUGAUACAGAAAAAUGCCGAGCAUGGGAUCUAGGAACCAACUUCUUUCUCAGUGAAGAUGAUGUUGUUAAUAAGAGAAACAGGGCUGAAGCUGUACUUAAACAUAUUGCAGAACUAAAUCCAUAUGUUCAUGUCACAUCAUCUUCUGUUCCUUUCAAUGAGACCACAGAUCUCUCCUUUUUAGAUAAAUACCAGUGUGUAGUAUUGACUGAGAUGAAACUUCCAUUGCAGAAGAAGAUCAAUGACUUUUGCCGUUCUCAGUGCCCUCCAAUUAAGUUUAUCAGUGCAGAUGUACAUGGAAUUUGGUCACGGUUAUUUUGUGAUUUCGGUGAUGAAUUUGAAGUUUUAGAUACAACAGGAGAAGAACCAAAAGAAAUUUUCAUUUCAAACAUAACGCAAGCAAAUCCUGGCAUUGUUACUUGCCUUGAAAAUCAUCCUCACAAACUGGAGACAGGACAGUUCCUAACAUUUCGAGAAAUUAAUGGAAUGACAAGUUUAAAUGGAUCUAUACAACAAAUAACAGUGAUAUCGCCAUUUUCUUUUAGUAUUGGUGACACUACAGAACUGGAACCAUAUUUACAUGGAGGCAUAGCUGUCCAGGUUAAGACUCCUAAAACAGUUUUCUUUGAAUCACUGGAGAGGCAGAUAAAACAUCCAAAGUGCCUUAUUGUGGAUUUUAGCAAACCUGAGGCACCUUUAGAGAUUCACACGGCUAUGCUUGCUUUGGACCAGUUUCAGGAGAAAUACAGUCGCAAGCCAAAUGUUGGAUGCCAACAAGAUUCAGAAGAACUGUUGAAACUAGCAACAUCUAUAAGUGAAACCUUGGAAGAGAAGCCUGAUGUAAAUGCUGACAUUGUGCAUUGGCUCUCUUGGACUGCUCAAGGCUUUUUAUCUCCACUUGCUGCAGCAGUAGGAGGUGUUGCCAGCCAAGAAGUAUUGAAAGCUGUAACAGGAAAAUUUUCUCCUUUGUGCCAGUGGUUAUAUCUUGAAGCAGCAGAUAUUGUUGAAUCACUAGGCAAACCUGAAUGUGAAGAAUUUCUCCCACGAGGAGAUAGAUAUGAUGCCUUAAGAGCCUGCAUUGGAGACACUUUGUGUCAGAAACUGCAAAAUUUAAGCAUCUUCUUAGUAGGGUGUGGAGCCAUAGGCUGUGAAAUGUUAAAAAAUUUUGCUUUACUUGGUGUUGGCACAAGCAAAGAGAAAGGAAUGAUUACAGUUACAGAUCCUGACUUGAUAGAGAAAUCCAACUUAAAUAGACAGUUCCUGUUUCGUCCUCAUCACAUACAGAAACCUAAAAGUUAUACUGCUGCUGAUGCUACUCUGAAAAUAAAUUCUCAAAUAAAGAUAGAUGCACACCUGAACAAAGUUUGUCCAGCCACUGAGACCAUUUACAAUGAUGAGUUCUAUACUAAACAAGAUAUAAUUAUUACAGCAUUAGAUAAUGUGGAAGCCAGGAGAUACGUAGACAGCCGUUGCUUAGCAAAUCUCAGGCCUCUUUUAGAUUCUGGAACAAUGGGCACUAAGGGACACACUGAAGUUAUUGUACCGCAUUUGACUGAGUCUUACAAUAGUCAUCGGGAUCCCCCAGAAGAGGAAAUACCAUUUUGUACUCUAAAAUCCUUUCCAGCUGCUAUUGAACAUACCAUACAGUGGGCAAGAGAUAAGUUUGAAAGUUCCUUUUCCCACAAACCUUCAUUGUUUAACAAAUUUUGGCAAACCUAUUCAUCUGCAGAAGAAGUCUUACAGAAGAUACAGAGUGGACACAGUUUAGAAGGCUGUUUUCAAGUUAUAAAGUUACUUAGCAGAAGACCUAGAAAUUGGUCCCAGUGUGUGGAAUUAGCAAGAUUAAAGUUUGAAAAAUAUUUUAGCCAUAAGGCUCUUCAGCUUCUUCAUUGUUUCCCUCUGGACAUACGAUUAAAAGAUGGCAGUUUGUUUUGGCAGUCACCAAAGAGGCCACCUUCUCCAAUAAAAUUUGAUUUAAAUGAACCUUUGCACCUCAGUUUCCUUCAGAAUGCUGCAAAACUAUAUGCUACAGUAUAUUGUAUUCCAUUUACAGAAGAGGACUUAUCAGCAGAUGCCCUCUUGAAUAUUCUUUCAGAAGUAAAGAUUCAGGAAUUCAAGCCUUCCAAUAAGGUUGUUCAAACAGAUGAAACUGCAAGGAAACCGGACCAUGUUCCUAUUAGCAGUGAAGAUGAGAGGAAUGCGAUUUUCCAACUAGAAAAGGCUAUUUUAUCUAAUGAAGCCACCAAAAGUGACCUGCAGAUGGUAGCGCUUUCAUUUGAAAAAGAUGAUGAUCAUAAUGGACACAUAGAUUUCAUCACAGCUGCAUCAAAUCUUCGUGCCCAAAUGUACAGCAUUGAACCAGCUGACCGUUUCAAAACAAAGCGCAUAGCUGGUAACAUUAUACCUGCUAUAGCAACAACCACUGCGACAGUUUCUGGCUUGGUUGCCUUGGAGAUGAUCAAAAUAACUGGUGGCUAUCCAUUUGAAGCUUACAAAAAUUGUUUUCUUAACUUAGCCAUUCCAAUUGUAGUAUUUACAGAGACAUCUGAAGUAAGGAAAACUAAAAUCAGAAAUGGAAUAUCAUUUACAAUUUGGGAUCGAUGGACAGUACAUGGAAAAGAAGAUUUCACCCUCUUGGAUUUCAUAAAUGCAGUCAAAGAGAAGUAUGGAAUUGAGCCAACAAUGGUGGUACAGGGAGUCAAAAUGCUUUAUGUUCCUGUAAUGCCUGGUCAUGCAAAAAGAUUGAAGUUAACAAUGCAUAAACUUGUAAAACCUUCUACUGAAAAGAAAUAUGUGGAUCUCACUGUGUCAUUUGCUCCAGACAUUGAUGGAGAUGAAGAUUUGCCUGGACCUCCAGUAAGAUACUAUUUCAGUCAUGAUACUGAUUAAUACAAGUUGUCUUAACAUUACUCCAGGACCACUCGAUUUUGGAAAGAGUGCACUUAAUUCAGAAGCUAAAGAAAAUCAGCUCAUAAUACUAUGGAUUUCUCUUUCAUUAAGCCUUAAUUUUAAGGGAAACAUCAGUAAGAAACUGCACUGAAGAAUUAUAAAACAUUUUGGGGCAUAGUAUACACUUGUCUAACGGUUCACACCUGGCUAUGAUCACAAGUAACUUUGAACUGGAAUGCCAUUUACAAAAGUUUUGUAUAUUAAUCUGUGUAUUAAUCUCUCUGGAUAAAAAGAAGGAAAAAAUAGGUAUGACCAGAACAGAUAUGGAUGAAGAAAUUGAAAGCAAUGAAUGCAACUAUCCAAAAAGUUUAAUUUUAUUUUAUGAAUUUUUUUGUUUUAGUCUUGAAGACUGAUUUUCUAUGCAAAUAGUGUUUGGCAUCCUGCACCUCUCAUAUGAUUUGGCUUUGAGAAUUUAAUACCACUGGGAAGAAGUAUGGUAGUGGUGGAUGAAGGGUGGACAUUUUAAAAUGUGCAGUUACAGUUUAUUGUCCUAUUACCUCUGCUGGUUUAACCAGAGUUUGUUAUAUCACUAUGUCCCCAAAAUCAGGAUUUUUGUUGAUAGCGUCAGUGUUGUAGGAGCAGUAGGUCAGAUGAGACAUAUUAACUUAGACUAAACAUGAACAGUAUUAUAUGGACUCUCACAAUGCUCUUAGAGAAUCCGUGAAUGUGAACAGACACGUGGCUAACCAUUUGAUUCAUCAGUAUGCCUUCUAAUAUGGCUAUUUUAUUUAUGCGAGACUCUAAACUUGAUUGUCCUAAUAUGUAAAACUAAAAGAUUUUGUAAAGGGAGUGUCUUUAGAAAUAGAUGAAAAGUAGAAUGUUAAAAAUUAUUGCUAGGGUAGUCUUUUUUUUUUCCAGAAACCUAAUUAGGGUAUUAAAUUUUGUUUUUUUGUUUUUUGUUUUUUAAAGAGAAGCAUGUUAUUUCAUUCCCAUUCCCAGAAAGGGAGUUAAUGAAGAUAAAAAUUUAUUUUUUAAGGUCUUUAUUGCGAGAAACUUUCUGUUUUCUGAUAUGAACUAUUGCAGAUGUUUUUAUAAGUACUUUCAUUAAAAUGAUAUAAACAGUAGUACCCAACACUGUAAACUCAGUGAAAAUAGUAAAUGAUUCUUUUAUUACUAAGACUAUGAUGCAUUCUGAAGCAAUUGGCUUUUUUUUAACCAUAGGAAGUCAUUUCCCUCUAGCUCCUUUCCUUCUACUCUCCUGCUCAGACCGUUAGUAGGUACUUCGUUAAAUAAAAAACUAGAUUAACAUCAGUAUUACUCCAAUUUGGUAUCUUUUUACACUAUGUAUUAUACCUACUUUCUUUUUAUUUCAUUUACAAAUAGUUUAAAUUACUCUAUCAACCAGCUGUAUGGUUUCCCUCUUUUGUAAAAGUACCAUCAAGUGGGGAAAAUGUAUGUGGAAGUGGAGAGUGAAUCUGUAUGGUUAAAGGAUAAUCUGUACAUAGGGAAGUGGGAAAAAGUGGAUAGGAUGAAUUUAAAGAAAAUGACUACCUUUGGAAAAAAGAAAUUAAAUUUUGUUCACAUAUCCUACCCUUUCCCAUUGUGCAUAUCCCAAAUGUUAUAUUUAAAAUUAAGGUUACUUAGAACAGAAUCCAGGAAUUUCAAGGCUUUGUGGCUUGGAAUUUUAGAGGAUGGGGCAAAAAAAGGACUUUUGCAAAGAAGGCGUUUUUCCACGUUUGCUUUGUUUUGUGUUCUUUGAAAGUAACUGAUAUUUUUCAGGUAGUCAUUCAGCAGUCCGUAGAUAUGAUCCAGUAACUUGCUUAUAUUUUAUUGAAGUCUCGACAUCUCUUCAGAAGUAAAUUUAGAACGAUGCUGUCAGUUCAUAUUUAUAGAUAUUAGUGUUUUAGUAGAUAAAACCAACAAAAAUUAAGUACAUUUUGUGAUUAAACCUGCAACCAUUUUUCCAUUUUUUUUUUCUGUAGUUAAUGGUUAUUGCCAUAAUUUCUUCUGUUUGGUUCUACUAAGCUAGAAAGCCAGGGUGAAGUUAAUGAUAAUUCCCAUUAUUUUAUUUCUGUACCAUGAGAUAACUGUUGAUGACUGAAAUACCAGGUGCAAAAAUUAAUGAUUUGAUUUUUGUACAGUUUCAAUGAGUAAUUUUUUACUUAUUAAAAAUAAAUUAAGAAAUGUAAGAAUAUCUUUGUAAAUCAUGUUUCAUAAGUUGACCCCAGAGAUUCUGAUUUUGCUAUUUAUUUUGUGAGUAAUGUUGCUUUGGUGUUUCCUAAUUUUCAAGUUUGCAAUCAUGGAGAUACAGCAGUUAUUAGGUGUGGAAGGACAUUACCUCAAAUGUCCUCAAAUGGCUCCAGGAAAUUAUUUUAAAACAGUUGGAGAGAAAUAGUCGUGACCAUGUAAAACCUAAAGGAUCUGGUAAAUCCCAUACUAUACUGGUUAGGGAUUUGUAAAGUCCAUUUCUUUUCAGAGUUCAAAGCAGUUCUAUUACUUGUCCAUAAGUUCCUCAUAAAUUGUCCCAAAGGUAGGACGUGGAAAUAAAUAUGUAUCUUUAUUUGUUAAUCUACUAUGUCACACUCUGGUGACAUUUAUGGAACAUUAAAAAAGCAGCUAUGUUUAUUUUGUAAUUAGUAAAAUGAAGACAGAAAAUUGUUCUUUUGAAAUUUUUAGGGGAAAAAAAAAACUCGUGACCUAAAUCUUUCCACUAUAAUGAAUAUUCAUUGUGAUUGCAAAUAUCUAAUUUUAUAUAAUCACUGUGUAUGGAUUUAGCAAUUUUCAUAGAUUCAAAAACUUAGAAUCUGAAUGCUUUCUCUGAAAAAAAAUCAGAGAGUUGAGCCCUUGAGGAUCAGAGUUAAGUAUCCAUUGAUAAUAUGUGUUCAUUUUGCUCUAUGUCAUAACUUCUUUUUUUAUUGAGAAAUAUAUAUUCAAAAAUACAUAUAUAUUUAAAAGUACAUAAAAUAUAAAUAUGCAGUCCAAGGAAUAAUUUCAAAGCAACUAUAUAACCAGCACUCGGCUUAAUAGAAUAUUUUGACAGCAGUUCAGAAAUUACCCAUGUAGUUCCUUCCCAGUCACAACCAGCUCCCUGCCACAUACCCUUUGGUAAUUACCACUAUCCUACCUUUUAUGAUAAUUGUCUCUUUGUUUUUAUAGUGUUACCACCUGUGUGUGUAAACUUAAACAAUACAGUUUGCUUGUUUUUGAGUUUUAUUUAAAAUCAUACAUUCUUUUGUAGCUGCUGCUUUUGUUCAAGAUGGGAUUUAUUCAUGUUGGUUGUAGCUGUACUUUAUUCUUCAUUAUGUCUGUGUAAUUUACUUUUCUGUUAAUAUGCCACAAUUUAUUUACUGUAGACAAUCGAGGGCUUUCUAGUUUCAGGCAAUUACAGUUUCACAGUGAACAUUAUUUUAUGUAACUCUUAGUACAAAGAGUAUAUAUCUAGGAGUAGAAUUUUUUGGUCAUAACCCUAUGACCAUAUCUUACAUUUUAUUAGAUGAUUACAAAUUUUUUCCUAAGCAUUAGUAUGUUGGUUGGUUUUGUGUUGCUAUAAAGGAAUAUCCAAGACUUGGUAAUUCAUAAAGAAAAAAGGUUUAUUUGGCUUAUGGUUCAGCAGGUUGUACAAACAUUGCACCAGCAUCCUUGCAAUCAUGGCAGAAGGCAAAGGAGGAACUGGCAUAUCACAUGGCGAGAGGAGCAAGAGACAAAUAGAGGAAGUCCCAGAUCAUUUUUAAGAAUCAGAUCUCACAUUAACUCAUGGAGCAAGAACUUGUCAUCUCAACGAGGGCACCAAGCCAUUUAUGAGGGAUCCAGAUAUCCACCCCCAUAACCCGAACACCUCCCACCAGCCCUCAGCUCCAACACUGGGGAUCACACUUCAACAUCAUAUUUGCAGGGGACAAAUAUCCAAACCAUAUUUCUGCAUAUCUUGGUCAGCGCUGGUGUUAACAGUUUUUGUUUUUAAUUUUGCCAAUCUGGUGGAUGUGCAGUUGUAUCUCAUUGAAGUUUCACUCUGCAUUUCGCUAAUUACCUGUGAAGUUGAGUAUUUUUUCAUGUUUAUUGGCCAAUUUGACUUUCUGUUUUUGUAAAGUAUCUUGUCAGGACUGUCACACAUGUUUUUGUUGUGUUGCUAAUCUUUUUCCUCAUUGAUUCAUAAAGGAUCUUUAUAAAUCUUAUUCUUUGUUGGCUAUAUAGUUGCCAAUGUCUUCUCCCAUUUUGUGGCUUGCCUUUCCCUCCCUUAUGAUGUUCUUUGAUAAAAACAAUUUAUUAAUGGUUAAGUACUAGGAAGUAUGAGUGUUUUAAAAUUAGAGCGUGAGUUGUUUUAAAAAACCAUUCCCUACCCUGGAGUCAUGAAGAUAGUCUUAUAUAUUGUCUUCUAAAAGCUUUAGUUUUGCCUUUCAUAUUUAAAUUUUCUUCAUGAGGAAUUAAUCUGGUGUAUGCUAGGAGAUGCCUCACCACUAUUUAUUGAAAAGUCUGGGUUUUAUUCCUCCUUUCUAUAGUGCCACCAAAGUCAUGUAUUAUAUCCAUAUGUGAAUACAGAUUUCAUCAACAUCUGUUGAUGAAAAGAGUCAAACUCUGUAAAUAUUUUCAGAGAUUAUUCUGAGCCAAAUAUGAGUGACCAUGACCUGUGACCCAGCCCUCAGGAGGUCCUGAGAACAUGUGCCCCAGGUGGUCAGAGUACAUCUUGGUUUUAUAUAUUUUAGGAAGGCAUGAGACAUCAAUCAAAUACGUUUAAGAAAUACAUUGGUUUGGUUCAGAAAAGCAGGACAACUCAAAGCGGGGGCUUCCAGGGUAUAGGUUAAUUUAAAACAUUUUCUGGUUGACAAUUGGUCGAGUUUAUCUGAACACCUGGGAUCAAUAGAAAGGAAAUAUUCAGGUUAAAUAAGAGAUUGUGGAGAACAAGUUUUAUUGUGCAGAGGAAACUCUCAGCAGACUUCAAAGAGAGCAGGUUGUAAAAUGUUUCUUAUUGGACCUAAAAGGAUGCCUGGGUCUUAGGUGAUUAUCUCCUGGAUUUGGAAAGGAAGGAAGGGCAAAAAAAAAAAAAAAAAAAAAAAAAAAAAA